AGGUGACGUUAUUCUGGUGUAGUCAGAAAGGGAGGGAGGGAGAGAAAAAGGAAGCUCCUCGAUAAGUUUUCUGUGUAUAUUUCUCCAAAGUUACACAAACUUUUAGGAAACAAAGGUGUGAGUGGAGGCCCUGAAGGGAUCAACAUGCAGAAGAGGGAGAUUUGAAGGGAAGGACGGACACCAGCUUGUCUGUAGUUCUGCACAACUGAUGACAACAUCAAAUAUUAACACUUUUUAAGGCCUUGGGCCUCGAGUGACUAUAGAGAGGUAAGCAAGCCACUUUUCUUCCUGAGGAGAUAGAAGCUGGGGGUAGAAUUUGUACACUUAUACUCUGCCAAGUUUAUGCAGUUUUUAUGCUUGUAUAUGUAAAGUUUUCACAGCAGCACAAAGUGUCUGUGUGUGUACUCAGUGGUCGGAAACUGGCGCUGCUUCUGAGUAACAGGAACACAAGUGUUGACAGUGUUGCAUGACGGGCAGAGGGGGGAUCCAUUAUCGUUUGUCUCUGUGUUUGAGGUUUUUCAAAGUAAGCAAAAGUGAAAGGUGAUGUUGAUCCCACACUUCCUCUACUGUUCCCUCAGAUCCUGGACGCAGAAACAGGAAGACAAUGUCCUCUGAGUUGGACUCCAGUCUCACCAGUAUUGACUGGCUGCCUCAGCUGGGAAUCAGCAGCUUGCGCUCGGGGAGGGAGAGAGGAGGUGGAGGGGAGAGGGAUAAGAAGAAAGACAGAGGGAGGGAGAGAGGAGAUUUCCUCCCCUCCGUGCCGGACCCCUCCCCUUCUAACUCAAAGGGGAAACCCCCUCACAGCUACGCUACUCUCAUUGCCAUGGCAAUCGCGGCUGCACCAGAGAGGAAGUUGAGUUUGAAUGACAUCUACACCUGGAUCAGUGACACUUUCCCCUACUAUAGCCGGGCAGGUCGAGGAUGGAAAGUAAGAUUUAAUGUAGAGUUACAACACAUUAUCAGUUUAAUGGUAAUUUAGUAAUAAAGUAUCUUUAACUAUUUCCAUUUCCAGUCAGUUGACUGCUAAUUUUCUUCUUUAUGUGGCUGUAUGUCCUUCACAGAACUCCAUUCGACACAAUUUGUCCCUAAAUAAAUGCUUCAGGAAAGUUCCCCGGCCGCAGAACGACCCCGGCAAGGUUCGUUUAUACUUUGAUACAAAAAUCAUUAAUAUGCUUUUGUAGAAGUUUUCAUGGGGUGAAAAUUGAGAAAUGAUUGUCUGAAAGAAAUUUAAACUCAAAACCCCAGGGUUCCUAUUGGACAAUGGAUGGACCUGCAGAUUCAAACCAAGGGAGGGCCCUCAAACGUCCGUAUCCAGAGGAGGAGGAGGAGAAGAAGCCGAAUGUAAGAUGUUCAGACAUGAACACUCAUUUCAUUUUAAAGUUAUAAAAACAAAAACCAACCAAAGGUGCUAAAGCACAAAUACAAGCUGAGGGAAAAGUUUACAAUUUUAUUAUUCAAUGAAUUCAUCUUGACUUUUCACUCGUUAUUGUGUAACUGAACAUGUGAUUACUCUUAUUUCAAUCAUCAUUGUCACUGGGGUUUGAAUAGUGAAAACUUGGUGCUUGAUAUUGAAGGGCCCAGUUACUUUAAACAUGCCCCCUUAGCCCCUCUUGUUAUUUUGCCAUGCAGAAGCUUGUCAUGAUUGUUUUUAAAAACUAGCAUCAGGACACAAUAGUUUCUCCCAAUUAUCUGUAGAUUAUCAUGCCAACACCUGAAAAGAGAUAACUUUCUGUGUGUGUUUAGAAACUGGCUCUUGUGAUUGUAAUAUGCUAGAGAUAGAAACUAAGACCCGAGGAAACCAAAAAGUAUUUUUGUACUUUCAGGAUGCAUUUUUCAUUGUUUCAUUUUUUUUUUGCCUUGGGGGUCAAACCGAGGCUCUGAAUUUGCUGGGGUGGCAUGAUGUAUUUGUUCACACAGUAUUGAAUAAAUGAAUACCCCUUUCUAGACCAACCACUUUACUUUUAUGACAUAUGUUUAGGUAUUCAAAAGAUAUAUUUCUGUUUAUAAUGAUAUAAAUUUCUUAGGUAACUAAUAUUUCUAAUAGUAUCAAUUGGCUGAUUUCCAAAUUGUUUAUCUUUGCAAAAAAAAUUGCAAUACCGCACUGUCAGUGUACUCAUAUGUUGUAAAUAAGGAUCAAUAUUUUGCCUUUGACCCUUUAAAAAUGUGUCUAUUAUAUGUGUGGAGAACCUUAAGAGAGUUAGUCCUGCCUUUAUUAGUUGUUAUAGGACAUUAGAACCUUUUCCGUCAGCUCAUCUCCAUGCUGUUUCAGGCUCUUCAAGUAGAGGGGUCGCAGGCAGAUAGAGGACCUUCCCCUCAUCAGCCACAGCCAGCUUCCCACACAGACCACCAGCUUUUACACACCGAGCCUCUUGGAGCCAAUCAGCAACAGUCACCCUGUCCUGCCUCCCUUUCUCCUCCCCCGUGCAAGGUAAAGACACUUCACCACAUUCAGGCGACGCUCCGUUUUAAAUCAUUAUUAUUUUUGUUAAACAGAAAUGCCAUUAUGUUUUUUUCUACAGCAACCAUCACCCUACAUGCCAAGCCCCUUGUCCACUCUAUCCAUCUCUCCAUCACCUGCUACUCCACCUGCUGGGCUACCACUAACUGCUCCGAUCACCUCCAUCAAUUCUUUCCCGUCUCCUCAUCCUCCUGCCUCAACUUAUUCCCUCCCUGCUGCCUCUGCUACACCCCUGUCUGCUUCUCCAGCUGCUCCCUCUUUCUCUGAUUCCUCUCUGUCUUUUCCUGCUGUCUCAGGGCCCGUCUCAGUCCCUGUCUUCUCCUGCAGCCCCAGCACAACUCAUGCGCCUGUUUCCACUGUAUCCGGGCCUCCUCACCCCUCUGUAUCUGUCACCUCUGCAUCUGUCACUGCCCCACCUGUCGGCCCCCUGAACUCCUCCACGGAUCCACUGCUGCGCUUUACCUUUGAUGAGCUGAACUUACCAGACUUGUAUGCAUCUUUCAAGUCUAUCUUUAAGACCAUGCGGGACCGGGGAGGCUCUCAGUGUAAGUGUUGUUUAUGUGCAGGUGUCAUAAAAUAGAUUUUACAUGCAUACCAGCUCAUGAAUAAUCAUUGUCCUUCUUUUCAGCGGAAAUUACUCCCCUGACUGCUCUGACCAGUGACACUACUCCUCUACACACUCCAACACUUCUACCUUUAUCUCCUCACCCUGCACCUGCUCCACAUGCAGCACCUGCACAAGCUGUACCACCUCCACCGCCUGCACACCCUCCUGAGACGGAGCGCAACCCACAAUACAGUAAGUCUUAAAGGGAUAUUCCAGCGUAAAAGUAAAUUAAGGGUCAAACACGCCGUAACACGAGUUAAACACCCCCUCGAGAGAUGAAUGUUGCCGACCGCUUGCUUUUCUAGUUAUACUAACUCUAGUAGCAACCGCACAAAAGCAAUACACAGCGGUCUUAGAAGCCAUAAACAAAUUUCAACCAAAACGCCACUCUGUAGCCAAAACUGAUGCUCAGAACAGCACCUAACUUCAUCAACAGUACAUUUUGGGUCCCAGCCACAGCACUAGCCACCAAACAUCUUUCUAGCUUUGCCUAAUUUCUUUCAAAAGAGACUUAACACAACUCACCUACUCUCUUCCAGCAGCCGCUUGUUUGUAGCGAGACCUCAGGCCAGUCCAUUACGGACUGCUGUGGGGUGACACAGCUCAAGGAAGAACAUUUAUGAUCAUUUCUUCAUGGAAAUAAAAUCAGACUGAGACGCUACGGCAGAAGAUCGUUAAUGUGUAUUGCUAUCCUGCGGUCGUUCCUAAAGUUGGUAAAACUAGAGAAGCAAGCGGCUGGCAACAUUCAUCUCUCGAGGGGGUGUCUAAUUCGAUGUUACGGUGUGUUUGACCCUAAAUUAAUUUUACGCCAGAAUAUCCCUUUGAAUUACCUGAUCAACGCUUCUUCACAUUUGGAGUACAAUAUAACCAGCAACAUGGCUGCCUUUUAAAGUUCACUUUCUUUCCAGCCGUGCCAGCCGACUGGUUGAGUAACCCAGAUUCUUUGAAGGAGAGCUGCCGUAUCGCCAGCAACCUCGACUGGGCAAACAUAGACCUCUCAGGUCACCCAGGUCUGUGCUUUUAAACCUGUCUAGUGGGGAAUCACACUCAAAUCACACAAAGGCCUGUUUUUUAUAUUUACUGCUGUGGCUGCAUAAGAUGUUGGUGGAAAAACUGGUUUGACAAAAGUUAUCAAAUGACAUGUAGUUAUGAAGCCAGUGGUUGUGCAAUGGUAUGAAUAAUAAUCAUGUUAGUCAUCAUAAAUAAUCAAAAUAAGUGGCUGAAAACCAUCGUACUGGAUGGUAUUAUAAACAAGACUACAUGCCUUCAUGAAAGGUCCCCAUAAAUGCAGGGGCUCCAGCGCUAGGACUGGCUGCACCACAGAUAUUUCCACCAGCAGUCUAGAUUUUUUGCUUUUCUCAUAACAGCAAGCCAACAAACCCUUCCUUUGGCUUUUCUGACUGAUAUUUUGUCAAUAAAAAAAACUGAUCUGAUCUGUUAUGAUGGCACAAGGCACUUCUCAGGCGAAUAAUCCUACAGCAAAGUCCUUUAAGACUCUCUGUCUCUUUUUUCAGACUUGCUGGAGAGCAUGCGCCAGGCAGAGCUCUGUGACUGGGCCUUGGACCCAGCGCUCUUCACCUCCCUCUGCGACUCGCUGAACCGCUUCUUCACCCAGAAAGGAAUGAUCACCUCUGGGAGUAAUUCCCCUCUGGCCAUUGGUGUGCCUCACCCCCUGCAGGUCCCACCCUUCACCUCCAAUCAACCUCCCACCCUCGCUAGCCUCACUCACCCCUCACCUCUCCCCUACUGCGCCAUACUCCCUCCUGCCGGCGGAGCACAGCCGCCCAGGAGGCCUCUGCAGGGACAGGGACUUCAAAGACCUCAGCUUACACAACCUGCAAACACGACCGGUGAGGCACUGCAGAAAGAAUAUGUACAAUGUUUUACUUUGACUCCUUAAAGGGAUAUUCAGGCAUAAAAUUAAUGUAGGGUCAAACACACCGUAACACCGAGUUAGUCCCCCCCUUGAGAGAUGAAUGUUGCAGACCGCUUGCUUCUCUAGUUAUACCAACUUUAGUAACGACCACACGAUAGCAAUACACAGCGGUCUGAGGAGCCAUAAACAAACCUCAACCAAAAUGCCACUCUAUAGCCACAAAUAAUGCUCAGAACAGCACCUAACUUCAUCAGCAAUACACAUAGGGUCCUAUAUGGGCCCUACAUUAAUUUUACGCGGAAAUAUCCCUUUAAGGGUAGUUUUUGUCUUAAUUCAUCGCUAACUUUAAAUAUUUAUUUUAAGCGUUAAACAAGUGUUAAAUUUAUACAUAUAGUUUGUUAAAAUACAUAAAUAUAAAAAAAAAAUCAAGGUGCUGCACACAAAUAUAUAGCGAUCAAUUCAUCAUUACAUAAAAUGCAUAAAAAUAAUAUGGGUGGCACUGAAACACAACCAAAGCAACAGCCAAAUAAGCUGAACCAAAGUCCUGUCUCUGAUUAGACUGAUAACUAAUCAUAUAUUAAAAUUGUAGGGUGGCCAGUAAUAUUUGAAAGGGGGUCAUGCCACCCCUGGAGACCCUGCGGACACACCCCUGCAUUCUCAUUGCAAUAGUAACUUGAGCUGAAAUCAUUUGUGCAGUCUGAAGAAAAUAGUUCUGAAGGGGAUUUGGGAAAAAUCUUAUGAGUAAAAAUGCUUUUAAAAAAUUUGCAGUCAUCAGUAGUUGCAUGUUUUAGCAAUAAUCCACUUUUUUGUACCAACACUCUAUGAAUGCUAUUGCACUCCACAGCUUUAAUCUCACAUUGCCUUUUCUGUCUCUCAGCUGGUUUGCAGCAUCAGUCCAUGACCCCACGGCAGCGUCCUCCGCUGAGAAACCUCCACAGCAACAGUGAAGAGAUCCAGGAUGACUUUGACUGGGACUCUCUGCUCGCUUAACCCUUACUGACAGUGUGGAGAAAUGGUUAAAUUGAACAUUUCAGAGAAACAGGACUCAUCAUCACGGCUCGUCUGCUCAAAACUCAGCGCAGAAACUCAUCUUGAAGCCUCUCUGAGAUCGAGUCUGGGAUUAAGCUUGUCAUUUAUAACAGAAUGCUGUACUUUUAAGUCUUCACCUUCAGUCAGAUUCAUAUGCUGUAGUAUUUUUCAUCAAUGUAUCUUUUUCAGGUUGUUUUUCAUGUUAGGUUGUAGAAUUACAAACAAGAAAAUUAACAUAUUAUUGUCAUAAACUGUAAAAGCAGGAGUAAAACAAAGAAUGAGUUACAUAAAGCAAAAAACAGCGCAAGACGAAACCAGCCAAACACAGAUCAUGUGUUUUUGUUUUAUUUCAUAAAUUCCUUUUGAUUUUUUCCAUUUUGCGUUUCAAAUGUGAAUGUUCACAGUCAUCACCACACAAAAUUCAACCUGACCCGAUAAAAGAGAUAUUUUUUUCUUGUUGAUAUAAAAUAACAAUAAAUUCAUCAAACUAAAUUAAAAGAACAGCAUGGAG